UGAUACGCUGCUGCUGCUGGACGGACUUCUAUCUGUCUUCUAUAGAUUCCUUUCAUUGCAUCAACAACAAGCAACUAACAUUCAUCCCGAUCGUGCUUUUUUGCCAGCAGCCAACAAUAUGCCCAAAAUCCUCGUCACCCGUAACCUUGGAGAACAUGCUAUGACCAUCCUACGCCAAUCAGGUUACGACCUUAUUGUCAAUCCAGAUGAUGCUCCGCCCUCUAGAGAAUGGGUACUCAAUCACCUGGCGGAUCCCCAAGUCUAUGCUGCUUGUAUUAUGCAUAGCCAGCCCAGUGACAAGGUCGACAAGGAACUCAUUGCAACCGCCAAUGACAACUUGCGCUGUAUUUCUUCCUUCUCUGUUGGAUAUGACCACAUCGAUGUGAAAGCCGCCAAUGCGCGAGGAAUCAAGAUAGGUCACACCCCGGGUGUCCUGAGUGAUGCUGUCGCCGACAUUGCAGUUAUCCUGGUACUCUCGACUCUACGCCGCAUCGGGGAAGGCAUUAACUUGGUAAAAAGUGGUAAUUGGAAACAACAACCAUGGGCUCCUUUUGUCAACUGUGGCUUAUCAAUCGGCCAUCCAUCUCUUACUAUUGGUUUCCUAGGCUUUGGCCGCAUAUCUCAGGCAACAGUUCAAAGACUCCUUGCCUUCACUAACAAGGAACAGCCUCCUCGUAUCUUGUAUACUUCUUCCUACCGAAGGGAUAACCAGGAUGAAAUUGAUGCCGGCUUUUCAAAAACUUUCGGAGUCGAAGUCAGGCGAGAAGAGAGGGAAACUCUCGCUUCUCAAGCAGACAUACUCAUAGUCCUGUGCGAUUUAAAUCCCUCAACCAAAGAUUUGGUCAACAAAAACUUUCUCCAGAAAAUGAAGAAGUCAGCCAUUCUUGUCAAUGUUGCGCGAGGUCCUAUCGUCAAUUCUGAAGAUUUGCAUGAGGCAUUAGUAUCAGGUCAAAUCUUCGGGGCAGGUUUAGAUGUUUUGACAGGAGAACCUGAUAUCCCCGCCGACCAUCCGCUUUUGACCCUGGACAACUGUUUGGUACUUCCGCAUUUGGGCUCGGCAGAUUACGAUACACGAAACGCAAUGGCUGAGCGUUGUGUACGCAAUGCAAUCGCUGCCGCCAAUGGGGAACCCCUGGUGGCGGAAGUCAAGGUGUAAGCUGUGAACAAUGUGACUGUGUUUUGCAACUGCAGUAAGAGGGUGCGGGCGUCAAGUCUUCCUUUUAAUUAUGGACCACAGAAUAAAAUAACUCAAUUUUUCCUUACCUAUGAAUCAUGUUUCUCAUGCUGGGGCUUUGGGUCCUAUCAGCUAUACCUUCUUUUUUCCUUUCUCGCAUUUUACAUCUGUGAAGCAGAUUUAAUAGACGAUUGUACCUCGAGAUGACAGUGAGACUUGGUUUCGGG